AUGAGGAGGAGAGGAGGAGAGAGGAGAAGGUUGGGGAGCUGAAAGACACAGAGCUGAAGAUGUAUUCUCUGAUGAUGACGGCCAACGGUCACGCGGACCGCAACACUCUGUCCCCUCCAGUAAUCAUCACGCGCACGGCGGCGACGCCCGUGCCGACGCCCAAGAGCUCAUUGGGCCCUGAGUCCAUUCUGGGGGAGGAGCUCGUGUACGGAGAUGUCUGUUCAGGGUAUUCGGCGCCAGGGAUUGACGACGGGGAUUCUCGUCACGGCAACGCUGUUGCUUCCAUAGACCCCUCAGCCUACGACCAGCGCUCUCUGUCCAGCCCCGGCCAGCACUCGCCCCUCCCUCCCAGAGGUCAGGGUUCAGUCAGUGGGUGGGGCAGCAGGAGGUCAAGYUGGAACAGCCUCAAACGCGCCCCCAGCCUCAACCGCAGCAAAACCAGCGGAGAGAGAGAGAGUCUGCUCUCAGGGGAGGGAGGAGGAGGGGAGGAGGAAGAGGGGUCCUCGGAGCUGCUACAGGUGUCCUCUCUGGGCCCGUCGGUAACRGGGGAGUACGGGGACUGUAACGGGAGGAGUCUUCAUCACAUGACCUAUGACCCCAACAAGGACCUUUCACUUGACGAUGACAUGGAGGAGGAC